AUGGCGACACUGAAAUUCAAAGAUGCCUCCUCGCCGUACAAGCAACCGUUACCCUCACCACCACCCGAGGAUUAUAUCUUCCAAAAGUAUUUAGAGGAUCUAGCACCGAAGAAAGAAUUACAUCACCCAAAAAUAAAACUGGCGUUGUUCGGCGUCGGUCGUGCUGGGACUAUCCACUUGUCCAACAUCAUUGCCAGUCCUCGAGUUAAGCUUCUCUACAUUGUUGAUGAUCUGGAGUCCAACUGGGAGAGCAUCAAGGAACACUGGCACUUGGAGGAUGUCAUGUUUCUGACCAGCGAAGAGUCGAGCAGAGUGUACAGGGACCUCAAUGUCGAUGCAGUUAUAGUAGCAUCCCCCACGUACACACACGAGGCAAUAGUGACCAGGUCUCUGGAGGCCAAGAAAGCAGUCUUCUGUGAGAAACCUGUGGCGCAGGAUCGCCUGAACACUGUCAGAUGCUAUGAAACAGCCAGAAAAGUCGGCAAACCACUGUUCUGUGCCUUCAACAGGCGAUUCGACCCAUGCUAUUCCACGGUCAGGCAGAGGGUCAGAAAAGGGGAGGUGGGUCACGUUCAUGUGAUCAAAACUGUCGCCAGAGACUCCCCUCUUCCUGGAAUAGAGUACUUGAAGACCUCCGGUGGUAUUUUCCAUGACUGCAUGGUCCACGACUUUGACUUAAUCACUUGGAUCCUUGGCGAAUAUCCCAACAAGGUAGCCGUGCGGGCUCACGCGCACAUCCCAGAAAUCAAGGCACUAGGGGACUACGACACGGUGGUAGCGACCCUCCACUUCCCCUCGGGUACUUUAGGAGUAAUCGACAUCUCCAGGAACAGCCCUGUCGGUUAUGAUCAGCGUCUUGAGGUCUUCGGUCCCAAAGGACUAAUUACUGCAGACAACGAACGACCUUUGCACAGUGUGACCAUGCAACGUGGCCUCCAAGGGGCAACUCAGGCCCCCAUAUGGUACUCGUUCGCCAGCAGAUUCAUGAAUGGUUACCGAAGGGAGCUGGACCAUUUUAUCAACGUGGUUCUUGGCAAGUCCGAGCUCUCGGUGACGUCUGAAGAGACACUAGCGGUCUGCAAGAUAGCCUGUGCCUGCGAGGAGUCCGCCAAGACCGGAAAAAUGGUGGAAAUAAACUGGCCGGCCAACGAGAUCCCGAGGAACACAGAAAAUUUGAUCUAG